AUGGAAGAUAUUACUCUAAUAAAGGAUAUUGACUCAAUCAAGGAAGAUUUCACAAUUAAGGUUCUCAUCAUAUGUCUUUGGACUCAAAUGUCAAAAUUUGAUGCAAAUGACACGUACUCGAUUGAAACUAUUAUGAUGCAUGAGGAGGGAAGGAAAAUUCAUGCAUCUUGUCUGAAGAAAUGGUUUUCUAGAUUUGUGCGUUAUUUAAAAGAGGAUACUUCAUUAUACAUCAGGAAACUUAAUGUUGCACCAAAUACUUUAAGCUUUAAUUUUGGUGAUCCGGACAGCAAACUUACUUUAAAUCCCUAUACAACUGUGAAAGAGUGUGAAAACUUUUAUGGUUCUCCACAUGGCUUUCCUUUUGUUGACUUCAAUAUUAUUGGACACGUUUUUGAAUAUGGGCGUAUUGACACCUCGGAACAGGAUAGAUCAAAACACAAGAUGCUCAUGCAUCUUCAAGAUAUAGAGGAUACUAAGCUUAAGGUAACUUUGUGGAGUCAUAAUGCUUACUAUAUGCAUGAUUUUCUUGUCAACAAUAACACCUUUGCUCCAAUUGUUGUUAUUGUUCAAUUUGCCAAAGUGAAGUUUAUUAAUGGUCGUCCUUUUACAUCUACUUACUUCGAUUAUUUAGAUUUUUUACUUUCUUCUUUUUUCUUUCUCUCCGGUCUACACUUAUUUUUGCUCUUUCUUGAGACAAGAAAGGAGAAAUGGCCUAAUCUCGAGAAAAUCACACCAGGCUCCAAUGCCCUCGUGUGCAAUGUACUUGAAGCCUUGUCCUUCUUCCACAAAGAGAGUAAUGGUAGUCUUACAUGGUUGAUGAAGAAAAAACAUCAUUUUCGAGUUCCUUCUAGGGACCUCAGUUCCCUCCAGCUCUAG